GAACGCCGCAACUUUCAGGCUGAAUUGAUUGCGAGCCGCUGUGGCGCUGACACCUUCCAGCACCACGGACAGCGACAGCGUGGCAGAUUGACGGAUGGGGCGUUUCAGCACCGGACAGAGCUCCCGGACGGGGCUGUUGUUGGCCGGGGCUCCCCCCACCGUAACCCGUGUCAGCAAGAAAAGCGGCUGUGCCUCUUAAAGCUGAUUAAAAUAUCUAUUUGCUUCUCUGAUGAGUGGAUAAACCACCUGACAUUGCUGCUGUAGGACACCCGGCCAUGGCCGCUCAUCACACCCUGAAUGAGUUCAUUUUUGUUUGUUUUUCAGACACAAGAAGCGACGGGGGCCCCUGAUGCCGCCAUUCCCAAGACUCAUGUCUCAUUGAGGUUCCAGACUGCUUACAGUCUUUUCGAGAGUCGGACUGACUUGAGUGAAGAUGAUCAAAACAGCCCCGAGUCGGUCGGCCACCACGCUGCCGCCGGAGACCAUCGACAUCAUCCGGAACAAAACCCACUCCCGCAGAGUGAGACUCAACGUCGGGGGUCUCCUCCACGAGGUCCUGUGGAGGACGCUGGAAAGACUGCCACGCACCAGGCUGGGCAAGCUGCGGGACUGCAACACCCACGACUCCAUCAUGGAAAUAUGCGACGACUACAGCUUGGAUGGCAACGAGUACUUCUUCGACAGACACCCUGGCGCCUUCACCUCUAUUCUGAACUUCUACCGCACAGGGAAGUUGCACAUGAUGGAGGAGAUGUGCGCCCUCUCCUUCAGCCAAGAGCUGGACUUCUGGGGCAUCGACGAGAUCUACCUGGAGUCCUGCUGCCAGGCCAGGUACCACCAAAAGAAGGAGCAGAUGAACGAGGAGCUCAAAAGAGAGGCCGAGAACAUGCGGGAGCGGGAGGGAGAGGAGUUUACCACCACGUGCUGCUCAGAGAAGAGGAAGAAACUGUGGGACCUCUUGGAAAAGCCCAGCUCGUCAUUUGCUGCGAAGAUCUUGGCAAUUGUCUCCAUCCUCUUCAUCAUACUGUCCACCAUCGCCUUGUCUCUGAACACCCUCCCAGAGCUGCAGGACACGGAUGAGUUUGGUCAAGCCUCAGACAACCCGCAACUGGCCCAUGUGGAAGCUGUGUGCAUCGCCUGGUUCACCAUGGAGUACCUGCUCCGCUUUCUCUCCUCCCCAAGCAAGUGGAAGUUUUUCAAGGGUCCUCUCAACGUCAUUGACCUGUUGGCCAUCUUGCCAUACUACGUCACCAUCUUUCUCACGGAGUCCAACAAGAGCGUGCUGCAGUUCCAGAAUGUCCGGCGGGUGGUGCAGAUUUUCAGGAUCAUGCGCAUUCUUCGUAUUCUCAAGCUCGCGCGUCACUCCACGGGUCUUCAGUCUCUGGGUUUCACCCUGAGGAGGAGCUACAACGAGCUGGGCUUGCUGAUCCUCUUCCUGGCCAUGGGCAUCAUGAUUUUCUCCAGUCUGGUGUUUUUUGCUGAGAAGGAUGAAGAAGACACUAAAUUUAAAAGCAUCCCUGCCUCUUUCUGGUGGGCUACCAUCACUAUGACCACAGUAGGUUAUGGAGAUAUUUACCCCAAAACUCUUCUGGGUAAAAUAGUUGGGGGCUUAUGUUGCAUUGCAGGAGUGUUGGUAAUAGCUUUGCCCAUCCCAAUCAUUGUAAAUAACUUCUCUGAGUUCUACAAAGAGCAAAAGAGGCAGGAAAAAGCCAUCAAACGAAGAGAAGCUCUGGAGAGAGCAAAGAGGAACGGUAGCAUUGUUUCAAUGAACUUCAAAGACGCUUUUGGUCGCAGUGUGGAGCUCAUGGAUGUAAUAGUCGACAAAACAGAGGAAAAUAUUGAGAAGCUCCAUGAUAAUCAUGUGUCCCCACAAAGAGGGACUCCUGGACUCAAGUCAUCCACAAGCCCCUGCAGCCCCUCCAAGACCUUUGAUUUGAACUACAAAGAGCCAGCCAAACCCUCCAGCAGCCCUCAGCACCUCAGCGCCCAGAAACUGGAGGAGAUGUACGGUAAAAUGUCAAAGACUCAGUCACAAGCCAACACUGAGAGGAGGGACAAAAGGCAGUAUUCCAAAAUGGUUCAACAGAGGGCAGAGUUUGAGAUGGAGAACAUCUCUGCUGGAGCUGCACCCAGCACAGUGGAUGCAGUGACGGACAUGAAGAGCGUGUCCAGCAUCGACAGUUUCACCAGCUGCGGCGCUGAAUUCCCUGAAAGCUCGCGCUUCUCCCACGGCCCCAGCAGCAUCACACAGGGGAGGGUCCGGAGAAACCCCAGCCUGGAGCCCACCAUUGAAAAUGAGCAUGAAGGAUCACACAGCAUCACCACUCCCCAGGCAGGAGAAAGGACCAGGCGCAACCUCGGAGACCCGUGUGGAAGCAACGCACCAAGGAGUGAAUCGCUGAAGGUCCGAGUCACAAUAGGAGAGGACUUCGGGGCAGGAGUGCUCUCGGACAGCUCGUCGGCUCAGAGCCCAGAGACCUCCAUCUACACCACUGCCAGCAGCGGGACACCCAGCAAGAGCCCCGAGAACAUACUGCCCAGGAUCUUCACAUUCCACGAUUCAUCCAUCAAUAAGUUCAUCGAUGCUGACACAGACGAGGACGAGCAUCUGCAUGACGCCCCCAGCUCUAGUGCGACCCAAAGACUACUGGAGAAACCCAGCCCCAACUACAGCCAUCAUUCCAGUUUCCAGCAGAGCCUAAACCACAUGGAGGCUCUUCAGAGGAAACUAGGCAACAGCACACAGGUGCAGGAGAACCAUGUGGCUCAGGAGACACUGCCACUCCAGGGAGAGAAGAGUCACUCCAGCUCCUAAAAGAAGGAAAACUACAACCAAAAGAUGAGGAGGUGACAGAGGAGAGCACACCAGCUUUAUCACAAAUGAGAACAUUUGCAGAACCAUAAACUGCCACUCUCAUGAACACGUCACAGAUGUGCGAUGAUAAAACUUGUGUUCUUCUCUGCUGCCUCUACAAGUGAGUCUUGGUUAAAUCAAUCAAGCAGCAGACUCUUGAAGUUGGAUAAAAAGAACACAGUGGGAGGAUUUUUACAGUUUCUACAUUUUUAGAACAGAUCAUAAUCCAAUUAUCACACUCUACGCAGUGGUUUACAAAAAAUCAUUUUUUUAAGCAAGAACCAACUUUUUGUGACAUCUCUGGAAGCCACUAUAAAGCCACUGCAGCAAAAGCUGUCAAAUCAGUAGCAAACCACAAAGAGCUCUGAAAAAAGCUACAAUCAGGAGAGAGAUUUCACAUACCUUUAUUGCAGUAUGAAAGCAGAACACCAGUCUUUGACUCCCUAAAGUGUUUAAUUAUAUACAAUGUAUAUUACAAAGGUGAGGGGUUGAGAGUAUGUUUGCUUCCUUUCACUACCUCUGGCCUUAGUUCGUGUUUUAUGUUUGUGUGAAGAGGAGACAGCCUGAAGCAGGCAGAUGGACAGCACAUGCUUAUGGAGCCCUGGGAAUGACAUUAAAAAAUAAAUAAAUAAAUUGUUCCCUCAAAUUAAUCAUUUUUGGCAAAAAAAUCAUUAUUUCGUAACCCCAAAUUCAAUCUUUUUAGCAUUGUGUUAGCAUAAAUUAAGAUUUUGUGCACACAAAUUGGUAUUUUGGUAAAAUACCAUCCUACUACUAAUUGGUGGCCACAAAAUAGUAAUUUGAGUGUGCAAAAUGCUUAUUUUUGCUCACAGAAUGCUAAUUUAAGAACACAAAAUGUGCCCACAAAAUGCUAAUAUGUACCUACAAAAUGAUCAUUUGUACCCACUAAAUACUAAAAUGUGCACACAAAAUGCUAAUACCUAUGCAUAAAAUGCUAAUAUGUGUGCACAAAAUGCUGAUGUGCACACAAAAUGCUAAUACCUGUGCAUAGAAUGCUAGUAUGUGUCCACAAAAUGCUAAUGUGUACACAAAAUGCUAAUAUGUUUCCACAAAAAACUAAAUUGUGCACACAAAAUGAUGAUCUGUGCACAAAACGUUUAUUUUGCUGCCCACAAAAUGCAAAUUUAUGGCCACAAAAGAUUAAAUUUGAGGGAACAGCUUUUUUUUAUUUUUAAUGUCAUGUCCAGAGCUUGGUACCUGCCCAUGUGUGUCUGUGCAAUAAUUACUGCUCAGUAUAUUUAAAGUCAAGUAGCAUUAGUGGUCUCUUGUGUGCUGGGUGACUUCUUGCUUGACAUGUGUUGGUAUUUUUACUACACAAUUUGUAGCACUGCAGUCAGACUUGGUGGGUCUGCAUUUAUCAUUUGUUUCAUUUUGAUCCUACUUUGUCCCACUUUUGCUGAGAGAAAGCACCCCCCCCCCUCCCCCCGAAUCAUCUGCACAAUGUAAACUCAAAUGAAAAAUGUGUUAUUUUUUUUAUUCAUGUUAUUUUUUUUAAGUGUCUGUUUUCCCAUAGGAAUUCCUAUAGGAAUUAUAUAUAUUUUCUGUGAUCAGAUUCCAAUAUCAAACAAAAGGGGAAGUUAUUUUAUUUUUACUUUUAUUUUAGAAAGUUAUUUUCAUCACACAAUAUUUUUCUGUUCUGGGGAACAAACAUUUGUCAUAAACUGAUAGACAGUCUAUUCAAGCUGGAAGGUUUUUCUCUCCCAAAUUCUUUGGUUCAUGUAUGGGUGUGAAUAUUGUACAGUUAAAACUAUAAAAUAGCAUCUACAAAAAAAAAACAUCAUAUAAUAAUUUAUAUUUUUAAAGUAUUUUCUAACACAAUGAACUCUUAGACAAAGGUGUUGUGCUAACCUCAUAGUUUUGCAUUUCAGUGCACUGUAAUUACAAGUAUGCUAGGGGAAGUUACAUUCCUUAGACAGUAUUUUGUGAAAGACGUUUCUGUUUUCCCGGCUGUUUCCUUCUUGAAUAUAUUUGUCCUUCUGUCUUUAGUGCAGUGAGAAGAACCAAAGAGUUGUUCUUUCUGAUGACUUAACACACUGUGUCAUGUUUGUUCUCAAAAUGUUUGACCAUUCUUGGUGCACGUCAGGUGAUCUCACUCACCACAAACAUGGACAAUGACAUGCAACAGACAGUACCGCCUCUUUCGGUUCUACAGUGUCCGAAAAGGUUUUGUUCUUUAAGAGACCUAAGAUUGAUUUCUUUUUAAACAAGCCAUAAUACAGAGGGGAAAAAAGAAUUACACAUCAGUUUAAUUGAUAGGAAUAAUCUUUAAGACUUACACAUGAAUGGAAAAAGUUUGUUUAAAUCCUCUUAUUGGUGUUCCUGAAGGGCCCUGAGGCAUUUUCUCACCCAUACAUUUCCUGAAUAUUUGCUGCAUGAUUGAUAGCUGAUUCUUUUCAUUUUGAGCUGCUCGGCUGUAGAUUUGCUGGUAUCUUCGGAGCAGCUGUCUGAUUUCAACGUUAUUAGCUGUUUGAAAGAUGUCCCCAUGAAGAUUUUUAACAAUUAAAAGCCAAAAUGUUAUUAUUAUAAUUUGACAUUUUAGUUUAUAAAACAAUUUUUAAAUUAAUUGAACCAACGUAUUGUGGUUUUUGGCAGGUGUUUUAUGCUAAAAAGAAAAAACGCAUUGCAGGAAAGUGAAAUGUGGAGCUUUAAAUUCAGCAGAAUUUUUAAUUCAGUCUGCUAAUGAAAGUUCUGAACAGAUAUUAACCCCACAGUUAUAUUUAUCAAUAACACAAAGCAACAUUUUGUCUACGCAGCAAACUUUAAACCUUAAGAGUUCAAUCCUCCCUGCAGACGGCUGUAUGUAGUCUUUGCACAUAAGCUGAGUUAGAUAUUCUUGUGCCUUCGCUUUUACAAACCUUGCAUACUAAAUUACCCUAAUCAUGUCCCAGUGACAGCCAGGCCACCUGUGCAGCAAACCAACACAAAGAGCACUGAUGCAUUUGACAUCAGAGCUCAUUCUUACCGCGUCUUUCCUUUGCACUUAAAUGUACCAAACAUUUCCAUGAUAAAGAUCCCGUCCACAAACAGGUGCAGACUCACUCUACCAGGAGUGAAUGAUCACUGUUUCCAUGGUGAUGGUUGAGAUGACUGGAUGGCUCACAUUUGAUGCAUGCGCGCAGCUUAAUGUGUGCAGAAUGCAUACUUACAGACUUGUCAUUCACUCUUUCAUUUCUUCAUUCAUUCAUCUCAGUUGUCCUGACGGUGAGGUGAGGCCUGGAGGGAAAUUGUAAACCGAUAACUGGAUUGUGAACCUCUAGGUCGUCCUGCUACUUGAUUUAUUUCACCUCUUGUGAGCAUGUGAGCAUCUCAGCAAAUUAUAAAAGAGCAGAUGGAGCGUGAUUGCAUGGAGCCGAACCCGCUGUAAGGUGUUCCAGGAAUUUAGCCCCCUGUUCCUGGAGGGAACCAAUGUGAAAUGUGAAGGGGACUAGGAACUAGUGGUGUGUGACAGAUAGUGUUGUGGAUCCGAGCUGUCAGCUUGAUUAGAGCUCAUGUCAUGAAUGGUGCUGCAGCAUUUCAACCUCCAGUUUCCGCCAGAACAAUUCCUUGACAAAAAUACUAUGAUCAUUCCAAACAAACUUGUGCGAGCAGGUACUGCAGCCGCACAUUUUUCUGAGUGCCCUGUGUGAGUCCAUGAAUACUGUCAUGGUCAUGGUAAGGGUGUCCCCCUGCAAGGAGUCAGGAGAUAAAAUGCAGCUCCAGGAAGCAAACUUUCAAACCAAAGGGUUUCAUAGAAAGGAGCUUUUGCAUCCAGCUUUUUAAAGCUGCAUAGUAACGGAAUAAAAAUGUCAAACUGACGAAUGGUUGUAUGACUGUGCUGAUGAAGGCGUUAGAAAAGAAGAAAAGGAUAGAUAGACAGGCAAAAAAGGGUUGGGUGAGUAACUCGGUGAGGAAUGAGAGUUCAUUAGAAUUCAUGACACAACAGUCACUCAUGUAAAAAAAAAGGAGAAAUCUAUUGGGGAAAAAAGCCAAUAAUCGCAGUCAAAUUUCUGCAAAACAAGCCACAGUCAAUUUGAAUAGAUUUAGUUCUUUUCUAACAAUGUCUUUAUUGACUUUUCUUUGUUUUUUCUUGGAAUGCACUUUAUUGAUUUUUCUCUGAAGGAGCACCCCUGUUGUCACGUUUCACUUCAAAUGUCAACAUACAAAGACAAGCUGGCUGAACUGUUUUCCGGAAGCACAAUUUAAAAAAUCCUGAAACAAUUUGUUUUUGUUUUGAUCUUUUGAAAUUCAGUGUUUCACACAGAAUGUUCAAGCUCUAAUUUAAUGUCCUUUAAUGUCUGCUCCCGUCAUUCACGGAAAACAGCUCUGCGUGCUGUCCUAUCUGUGUCUGGCAAAACGUCGGUUUUGAAAGUUUCAUACUUUGUACCUGUUCAAUUUGUAGAGUACAACAUGUUUGUGGUUUCUGUUUCUGACGCAUGUAGCGCUUUAAAACCUUGACAGACUGAACUUGUAAAUAUCAUCAAAAAGCUGUAGGUUAAUGCCUAAAAUGAGCAGUUUGAAGGUAGUUUUCUCAUUUUAUCAACUGAUGCUCAAUAAAAAAUCAGAAUUAAGAACUGCUGUCUGGCUGUGUUAAAUUAAAUAUGUCAAUAACAUUCACUGUAGGGAAGGGAGGAGGACUCAAAGAGGGUUUGCAGUUGAUGUUGAAUUUGUGGUUUGAUAAAACAGCGCCCUCUGGUGUUUCUUCUGGUUUAAAGGCAGAGGUGAGAGAUAAAAUUCAAAAGUCUCUUUAAGAUCAUCUGGGAUCCAACAACAUUCUUAAUUUUAUUGUUUCUUGUAUUCCUUUUUUUUUUUUUCUGAUAAAUGUACUGCUGGUUUUUGCAAAAUUUGUCAGUAAAAUCUAAAAGAAACAUUAUCUUUUAACAACACCUUUUAUAAAGCUCCAUGUAUUUGAAAUGAAGGUAGAUGACAACAGGUAGGCUGGUUGAGGAAACAUAAUGGAGUGGAGCUGUUGGAGGUCAUGUUGGAGCAGACAAGUCUCCAGCAUAUUUUGUCUCUUGGCUCCACUUGACAGACUAAUUAAGAUUUAGGAUGUAGUAUGAAACUCAAUGUAUUCAUAAAUACUUUUAAGGUUUUUUUGUGGUAAAUGGCAAAAGCUUAGGAUACAUUGUGCUUAUUUUUUAGGGGGGGUGGGUAAAAUUCCUCAUUGUGAGUUAAUUUCUCAACAAAUGCGAAAAAAAAACUUCAUUAACAAAAGUUUAGUUGAUGGGAAAUCAGCAGAAAACCGUCGUAAUAUGUAACCCAAUGCAAUCUGCCCAAGUGUGAACACCUGACCCACACCCUUAUUGUGGAAGUUACCGACGUCCAUAUAAGUUCCGGGUCGGCAGAUUCACUUCCUGCCUGCUUCUUCCUGCUCCCGGCUGUUGCUGCUUCUGUGGCCACACCAGGACAACUCUGAAAACUUGACACAAACCCAUUUGUAAAACUCUAGUCUUGCACUAGAUUUAUGGUAAUUCCAUCCCUCAAAAGACCUGAUCAUUGAUCAGGUUUGUUUUUUUUUGUUCCAUUUUUGAACCCCCAUUGGAUGGGGAGCUACCCAACUGCACAAUCCUGGGAUCCUGGACACUACCACCUCCAAUAACAUCUCAUCAGCGACAGCAAACCUCCCAACUACAUCACUACCAACAGACUUUUGGAUGCCACACAAUAGGAUUCAGCCAAAUGUCGUCCCAUGUUCUGUGUUGUAUAAGUGUUUUGUUUUGUUUAAAACAAUCCAUUGCAUUUUACCUUCA